GCCCGGCCACUAUGGUACUUGGUUGCCUGUAAUUUGGGUCCCAAACUAACCCUAUCCGCCCCAACAGUUGUCCAGCGAAUCGGCGAUUCGGCAAUUCUGGCUGUCUUUCCAGCCUGCCGGUGGCGUGAUGUACCAAAAUUGAUGACUCAGGCCUCUCCGGGCUCGUAUUCGUCAGCCGACCCAGGGGGGUCUGGCUAA